AUGGCAACAAGAGGGGGAGAUUCUGAUGAUUCAUGGAUGGUGAAGACGCACAAAGCAGUGAAAAAGGCUAAUAAUUCUGUACUUGGAUAUGUGAGUUCCAAGUCUCACUGGGCAUUGUCUCAUGGACACAUUAUCCUGAGGCCACCUCAACCCAAAAGUGUGGAGAAGAUUGUGAGCAAAGGCAUUGAUCUGUUUAGGCAUAAGAAACCUUUAAACAUUGAGUUGGUUCAUCAACUACGUCUGCUUGACAAUCGCUUCAUCCAAUGGCGGUUUGCAAAUGCUAAAGCUGGUGCUGUGAAUCACACCAUGUCCCUUCAAGCUGAGGGAAAUUUGAUGUGUGCUUUGGAUAGUAUAGGCAAGUUGCGAUAUUCACUGGUGUUAACGAAGAUAGAGCUUCAGAGGGAGAAGCUUGAGAUGAAACUAGAUUAUAUAUUGCAAUCUCAAGUGAAUGAAGCUAUUGAAGACAUGGGGAAGUAUGAAAAGGCAAUAUAUAGGUGCAACCAACUUAUUGCAAGAGUGUUUGUAUGCUGUUGCAUGCAGAGUUCAUCUUUUGGAAGGUGCAAAGGUGGAUUUGAAACUAACAUCCGUUUCUCAGUUGCGUGCAUUGAAUCUAACAAAUUCCAUGAAGUCAAUGUUAUCUACUUUUUCACCCAUGGUAUGUUUGGUAACAUUACUCUAGUCUUGCUAUUAUCUGGUGAGGACUUAAAAUUGAAAGUCAAGUUGAAAUUCCUUCAUAAUCAGGCUGAUGAGAUUGCUAGAUUGAUAUCAGAAUUAGCAGAAAUUGUUAUACAAGAGAAGUUUCUCUUACAAGAAUUCAAUGAUAUCUUCCACACCAUGUGUCUCCUUGAGGACCAGCUAUUUAGGGUGUCCUUUCGGCAGGAGGUAGUUGCCAUAGGUCACGGCCCUUACAUUAGAGUUGCACGUGGGGAUGCGUUAAAAAGUGGACACGAAGCUGUGAAGCUUAUGAAGGCGGAGCAAAAAUCUUUCGUGGUUGAGUUGAGUCAAAAUAUGAAGAGUGAAAUAAUAACUGCUGGACCAGACAUAGAUUUCUUAAUCAACGGCUUCUGUAAUCGCUAA